UAAACCGGUGUGGACGUUGUGUUGUCUUCGAUAUUUUUGGUUCGCGUUACGAUCGUGUUUUGACAACUCCAAAAUUUCGAACUUUUUUCUUUAAUCGGGAAUACUGUUUGGAUUUAACGUGAAUAAAAUUGCAAUUAUUAUAAAAGUGUGGACUGUGUUUAAAGUGUGAGGAAAAAGUUUAAGAACUGCAUCUUGAGGAAUUUGUGAAUGAAUUUACUAGACUGCGACAGUGUUGACGUUUUCGUGGAUAACCAGCAGCGAAAGACGUCUAACCUACAUCCAGGGCGACGAAGACGCAUCCAAAGUGAAAGUUAAAGCCUACUAUUUUCGUGCAUGACUGCUGUAUUUGGACUCGCAAAGCCAUUAGGGGACAAUUUAGUUGAGCAGAAGAACGUUUGAGAGUUUUCUUUUAUAGCUAAAGGAAUAAUUGAAAAACUUCCGGACGCUUAUGGGAAAGAUCGCAGCUGGGUGACCCGAAAACUCUAAUAAAAAUAAACGAUUUACUGGAAGAUUUAUAUCGUCUUUGAAGUACGAUAUCUUAGGAUGAUUAAUAGUGAGUGUCUUCUGAGGAUGCAUUUUGGGAAACCUGAAUAGAAAGCUGGCAGCGAUUUAUUUUUCUGGCUUUAUGAGGGAAAGAAGGUCGUUGCCGAUAAGUAGCGAAGUGGCGCUUAAGAGUGAUAAGGAUGGAACUGGGAAACUGGUGGUGAACUCGGUGUUGUGUGGUGUGGUGGAUGAACUGUCUAACGGGAGGACUGGCAGGCGGGGAUCUUGGGUGCGUCACGCCGUCAUGGGGGUGCUGCGGUGGAAGGACCUGACAGGAGUCAGGACCAGCACGCCAACAGAACAAAAAGAGGUUGGGCGGUCAGAGAAAUGUCGCUCGGUUUCGGCUGGUGGUACCGGGAGUGCCACCAUCGCCGACCGGCACUCGUACGCAGAGGGCAGAGUCCCAGCGCCCCAUGGGCCUCCGCCCUCGCCUGGCGCUGCGGCCGCGCAACGAAAAGUGGCGGCCGCCUGCCUUGCAAGUCGUCGUCUUCUGGAAGAUACUCUUGCUAAAAAUGGAACUCCACCGACGAUAGUUUUACCACCAGUUGGAUACUGGGUGGAUGGAAUGGAAGACACUCCCCCUGAAGGCGAGGACGCCGAACCUCGAGCCCAACCAGGAACCCCUCGGCAAGCUGCGAGGCGGCAUAACAUUGACACCGACGACACCGCCAAGUACUACAGGCGAUUCUUCCUCGGCAAGGAACACAUCAAUUUGGUUGGAUCUGAUGAAAAUCUUGGCCCAGUAGUGAUGUCCCUCAAAAAUGAGCACAUGGCUAGUCAGGACCACACGAGAAUAUUGUUGAGGCUUCGUACGGAAACUAUGCAUGGACUUAUACCCACCACGAGAUCAGGACUAAUGCCACCACCUCUCAAAAUGGCGAAAAUGCUAAACGAACAAGUGAACAUCGACAACUUCACGGCCGUCAUGUGUCUCAACGCGUCAUCCCUGAUAGCGGCGUACGACGAACAUGUCUUAGUCAACUGCUUUAAGUUCGGAGUCCUAUACCAGACAUACGGGCAGACGACAGAGGAACAAUUAUUCGGCAACAACGAAAUCUCACCAGCCUUCGAGGAGUUCCUAGACAUGCUUGGGCAGAAAAUCAAAUUGAAGGAUCAUAAGGGUUACCGAGGAGGUUUGGACAUAAUAAACGGGCACACGGGAACAGAAGCCGUUUACGAAACGUACCACAAUCGGGAGAUCAUGUUCCACGUGGCUCCUUUACUGCCGCAUACUGCUGGUGACGCGCAGCAGUUGCAGAGGAAGAGGCACGUCGGCAAUGAUAUCGUGGCGAUCGUUUUUCAAGAGAAGGCAACACCUUUCACGCCUGACAUGAUAGCAUCUCACUUCCUCCACGCGUUCAUCGUGGUCACACAUUUGGAAUCUGCCGGUGGGGAGACCAGGUACAAAGUGGCCGUCACCGCUCGUGAUGACGUACCAUUCUUCGGGCCUACUCUCCCGCAGCCGUCGAUAUUCCGCAAAGGGCGAGAGUUCAAGGAAUUCCUGCUUACGAAGCUGAUAAACGCUGAAAACGCGUGUUACAAGGCGGAAAAAUUCGCUCAACUCGAGUUGAGGACCAGAGCGUCGUUGCUUCAGAACUUGGUCAAUGACUUAAAGACUAAGACGACGGAGUUCUUAGGAGCUGGUGUAAGGUUGGAACCCGGUGCGGUUUCGCCGCAGCCGGACGGCACGCCGAAGCAAGACGGACCCGGCGCGCGGUUUAUUGAUACUGUUAAGAAGGCCCUUAUUUCUAAAGUCAGAUCACCGAGCGUUGACACGAAUCUCUCAGGCGACAGCAACAAGAAUCCUAUGAAUAAAAAUAAGUUUGUUCCGAAUGAAACACAUACUCCUAAUAGCGCUCGCUCCAAGUCGUCAGUGGCGUCGUCGUCCGCGUCGGCCGUGUCGGUGCGGUCGGCGGGCGGGUCGGGCGCAUCGCACGCAUCGGGCGAGUCGAGCCCCGACGUGACGUCACGCGCCGCGCCGCCGCGUCCUCCGCUCACUGAUCAUAGCGACGAUUCUAGCUUAAACUCCGUGGAUUUGGAUCCUCUUGACGACAAGGACUGGCUGAGUUGUGGUAAAAGUGCAACAGCCUUCGUGUGUCCAGGUGGUGUGUACGUGGACAGUGACACGGGGCUGGAAUCCAUGUCUUCGGCAGAAGCCGGGGCCGCGUGCGGCGGGUGCGCGGCGGGCGGCGGCCGCGGGGAGAUCACGCCACGGGACGCCGAGAUGUUACGCCAAGAAGUUUGCCGUCUGAAGAACGAUAAGCUUGAUCUACUCAAACAGAAUAUUACAUGGCAAAAUGAGAUCAAAAGUUUACGUGAAAAGGAGAUGUCACUUCAAGCAGAGCUGAACUCCAUGUCCAGGGAAAUGCGAAGGCUUCGGGAACAACAGGUCACCGGCACCGUCAUCCCCAACCCUUCGACACACGAUUCCACCGCUUAAAUAUCAACCCUAUGGGGUUAUAUUAAGGUCUUAUUUAAAGUACACGUGUACGAUAUUCACACAUGACUCCACCGCUUUAACGUAUCUUGAACUUUAUAGACUUUGUUAUAAGGUCUUGUACUCUUGUACACAUUUUUUGGAUGACUGCAGUGGAAGAGAUCUGAUUAGAAAUGACCAAGUAAGGUAAUCUGGGAUUUAGGAGGUUUUGCUAAACGCAUGUUUUGGUGGCAGUCGAUAGAUGUCGCUACUGUUUAUUAGGUAUGUUGCUCUUUUAAUAUAAACAUAGUAGCAAACCGUUUAUGUGCAAUAUUGUGUUCUUAUAUCUAAACGACUGUUCAAUUUCAUUCUGGUAACUGCUUUGUUUAAUUGUUAAAUUUUUACUGUAGACAAUUCUUCGUAUUGAAUAAUGCUUGUUACUAUGUUUUGAAGUUGAACAGUUCUUUGCAAUACAGAUAUUGUUUAUGUACGUAUGUAUAGUAGCAAAACAUGUCCUUAUAUUUAUUAUCAUAUUAUAAAGAUGUCCCAGUUUCAUAUAUUAGUAAUAAUAAAAAUUACUUCUUAGGUCGUGGCUUGACUGACUAUUAAUGAGAAAUGCUAAACUUCGACAUAAUAUAACGAUUCUAUAGUUAAUUAGAGAGAAUAUGAUUCGAAUCUUUUUAUAUGUUGUUAUACCAAAACUGAAUUGUUAAUGUCUAAUGUUAGGCUACUCGCUUUUUGUAAAUGUUGUGAUAACCUAGCUUAUUCGAGACAUAAAUAGUUCUAAAACCAUUUAAUAUUAUUGUGUUUCACACAAAUGUAUGUAUUUAUUGAUUUCGGGUUAGAGCAUACCGCUUGUGUUCUUUAGCGAAUCGUUUCUCGCGCAAAAUCAUUAUUUACUUUUCUAUUAGUAAAUAAUCGUAGAAAUAUAUUUCAUAGAAACUUUUGGUCACAGUCUAGAGUGCUUCUUUUAUUAAACCCUUUGAUUAAGAAGUUACAAUUAAAAUUAAUGCUUAAUCAUAAGUUGUGUGAUUAAAAUAUACAUCACAUUUGAUUAAUAAAUGAAUGCAUAGUCAAAGGGUGAUUAUGGUACAUAAUGUAAAAAGAGAAUAUUAAACUACUUUGAUUUAUAUUCGAGGAGCAUUCAUAGACUGAUUAUAUUAUUUCUUCAAUGUUCGUAGCAACAUUAAACGGAAUUUUAUGUAAUAGAAAUUAGACAAAAUAAAAAUAACGGUACCUACUAAAUUAAGCCUUGAAUUAUCUUGUAGAAAGCCUAUACAUAAUUAUGGUGCAUUAGAGAAAAAAAUAUAACAAAAACAACUCUUAUAAUUCGUUAGAUAUUUGAAUUUCUAUAGUAAUAUCCCAGUACAGUUUGAUUUUGUAUGUAGCGUUUCUACUGCACAGUGCAAUUUAAUUUAUCUUAAGUUCCGUUUCGCUUUAUUUAUAGCCUUACUUUAAUGAUUCACUCCUCUUAUAAGAAAAUACAUGUUUGCUUUACUGUCAUCUUUGUCCACUUAGUUUUGUCUAAGUACAUAAGAAAGAGACAAAUAUAUUUCUGGAACUCCACUGUGUGAUCAUCGUUAUAAGUAAGGCUAUUUAGUUUACAAAUUUAAGUUCACCAGUCACUGUAAAUAUAUUCUGAACUGGUCUUAGGCUAUUUUAUUAAACAGUAUUUCUUUUAAUUUAUGCUUCGAUUUAAGUUUCGUUUCUCGAGUGCAUUGAGGUUGAAUAAUGUUUUGUUGUUUAUAAUUAAUAUUUUAUACCAAAGUUAACAUUCCCCACUAAAUAGUUUAGAGUUUUUUUUAUAUAAUUAUUACCUUAAAGUGAACCAGUAUUUGUAAAGUUUCAACUGACGGAAAACGCUAACAUACAUUCUAAGCUUACAUUUAAAUAUCUCUAUUAAAUGUAAUAAUUUAGAUUUUUGUUUGACUGUUGAUUAUUAUAAGUUGAUUGAAACCAACUGUUGAUUCGUCUUCACUUAGACUUAAACCAAAUAUUGAGCGCGGAGCGUUAGAGGAAAUAGAUUAUAAUUAUAAAAGAUACCUAUUGAAAUAUAUGAAUAGUUAAUACUAAAUAAA